CUCAGUUCAAAACUGCGUACUCAGCUCAAAAUAAAGGACUGCGCUCUCGUGAGAUUUUCCGGCGGUGGAGAAAGAGAGUCGGGUUGUUAUACCUAUCUUUUACGCCCCAGACUCAUCAAACAUUCACACAAUCGCCUGUACCUACAUACCUGUCUUUACUACUAGCCGACUGCGACUUGAAGCGCAUUGAAAGAGGCCAACUCUCGCUGUGCUACACACCCUCCCCUCGCGAUCGAGUGCACCUGUGACCCCGAAUACUUUCCCUCCAGUACUCAAGCUUCCAGACAUUGAAAAACAUACACAGCAAUGACGGCUGCUCCCAAAAGACGCCUCGCGGCGUUGUCCAAGCAACUUGCGGAAGGCAUACCUUCCGAGGGCACAUUUGAGGAGAUCCCUCGUGUUAGACAUGUCGCAGACAGCUCAACAGGACCAAGAGUCAAGGGCAAGGUUGUCAUCGUUACUGGAUGCAACUCUCCCAUCGGCAUUGGUCGAGCGUCGGCACACCAAUACGCCCAGAACGGCGCAAAGGCGGUCUAUAUUUGCGACUACGAUGACAAGUAUUUGGAAAUGCACAAGCGGGAACUGGCGUCCCUAUAUCCCGAAUGCGAGGUCCACUGUGUGAAAAUGGACGUCGGCGAAGAAUCUCAGGUGAAAGCCGUUGUGGAUCAAUGCCUGGCAAAAUACGGCAGACUGGACAUCAUGUUUGCAAAUGCUGGCAUCUCGGGUGUCCCCAAUACGUUUGAACAUAUUUCGAGCGAGGCAUAUAUGAGGACGAUGAGGGUUAACGCACUGGGUGUAUUUCUCUGUUUCAAAUAUGCCGCCAUUGCCAUGCAGAAGACGUCUCCCGAGAAGAAAUAUCCUGGAGGAAGCAUCAUUGGCACGGCGUCGGUGGCUGGGAUCCGGUCGAAUGCUGGGGGCACGGACUACUCGGCCAGCAAAGCUGCCGUGGUAUCGAUGGCACAGACGAUGUCCUAUCAGUUAAGUGGGACAGGCGUGAGGGUCAAUGCCAUCUGCCCAGGUGUGAUCGAGACUGGUAUGACCAAACCCAUGUAUGAUGCAGCACGAGGCCGGGGCACCGAGAAGAAGAUUGGCCAGUUGAAUCCGCUGCAGAGAGGCGCGGUGGCCGACGAGGUUGCUAGAGUCGCCUUGUUCUUGGGAAGUGACGAGGCUAGCUAUGUCAAUGGCCAAGCCUGGGCCGUAUGCGGUGGACUGAGUGCUGGACAUCCUUUUGUCCCAGGUAAACUGGGUUGAGGAUAUUCAUAGAUCUGAUAAAGUGGACUCAGCCAUCCAGGUCUUUUUGAAGGACUUCCAGUACCUUCUUCUCGUCGAUGUUGUCCAAAGAAACAAUGUGUUCUUCA